UUUUUGAACUGCAAAGAUGUUUUUACUGCGAGCAAGUUUCUACCGUCAGAUACUCAGUUUGUUGUUGCUGAUAUUUGUUGUUGUCCAGGGGCAAAAAUAUGCACAGAAGCGUUGUGCGGAACUGACCGAAUAUUGUCAAGUGGACUGGGAUUGCUGUUCCAAUCGCUGUAUGAGUUAUCUUUAUCGCUGCACCAGAAAUUACACAAAGCAAAAUAAUUAUAUACACUUCGAAGUACCCAGCCAAAAUCCUACAUCAUAUGCAACUCUUGAUGAAAUUCUAGCAUCCAAUUUUGACAAUGACAAUGACAAUGUCUUUGAGCAAAUUGACGUGAGAGUUGGUAAAGCAAAAGCACAAGAAAAAAACAGUCGUGGUUUACAAUAUGACAACCGGUUUAAUCAACGAAAGGAAUAUGCACCAAUAUCAACAACAAGUCCAUUUAUUUAUAGAAUUGUGAAGUCCAAUGAAGGCACAACGGCUACAUCAAAUACUUAUCCAGGUGCAAUGACAUCAAAUCCAAUCGGUCCACAGUAUAGCCCUACUUGCAAAGAAAUUGGCUCAAAGUGCUACAGAAAUGAUGAGUGCUGCACUCAACGUUGCCAUGACUAUUUGCACAAGUGCGUCACAUAGGAGCAGCCGGUCAA